AUGAUCAAUCUUGUGGACGAGCUCCUUGCAGUGUGUGGGGCCUUAGUAGGAGGCGCUCGUUAUGGCUUGAAAAUACGACUACCUCAUGCACUCGUCAUGACUGUUUUGUUCCACAAUGAUUUGAGUAAGAAGGAAAAGCUCCGCUAUAUCUUCAAACUGGGCUUCGAGCACGCCGCUAACCUAGCGUCGUUUGCCACAAUUUACAAGGCGUCCCUCGUUUCACUCAAAUGGUGUUCUCGCCGGCUUCGUCUUGCGAAAGAUGACAAGAGGUUGGUUAUGUUGUUGUGCAAAUAUAUUGUCGAUGGUCCAUCUCCUGGCGUCGUCGCCCCAACUUCGAUGGCUGGGCAACCGGAACGAGCGUAUCAUGCAUUACUAGCUGGAGCCACUGGUGGAUACGUAGUCUGGGGGAAAUACUCCAGUGUAAACUAUCAAAUUGUUCUGUAUCUUACAAGUCGAAUCUUGAUUGGCCUGUCUAAGCGGUGCUGGGAGAAGUUUUCACCGAUUGAAUACAAAAACAUGCUGCAGCAUCCAAAAACAUAUUCUCUGCUUAGCGCAGCUGUAUGGGGCGUUGUGAUGGUACUGUUCGAAGAGACUCCGCAUGUCUUACACCGGUCACUGAAGACGUCUAUGGAUGAAAUCUAUAGGUAUCAAAUCUCGUCGUUUUCCUCCCAUUCGACAAUAGAUGAUGAUAAAGGAGAAGUGUAA